AUGCCCAGAAAACAUAGAGUGACGGAACUGCUGUUGGACUAUUACCAUCGGAAGUACGGUCAUGCCAAUGACGAAACCGUAGUCAACGAGGUACGGCAGAAAUUUCACGUGCCGCGGCUGCGUGUCGAGGUUCGUUUGAUCCGGAAACGCUGCAUGUGGUGCCGCGUAUAUAAGGCCGCCCCAGUUACUUUGAAAAUGGGACCACUUCCAGCGAUAAGAAUGGAACCGUGUGUUCGCCCGUUUACCUACGUGGGCAUAGACCUUUUCGGUCCCUAUUUGGUGAAAGUGGGAAGGAGCGUGGCCAAACGAUGGUUUACCACCGAUGCGUGCAAGAAAGCGAUCAGACGGUUUAUAGCACGACGGGGCUCACCACAGGAAAUAUACUCCGACAAUGGAACAAAUUUUGUCGGAGCAAGUCGGGAGCUACAUGAUGAAAUCAAACGGAUUCACACCGAAUUGGGGAGUGUAUUCACAAACGUCAACACCCAAUGGCGCUUCAAUCCCCCUUCCGCUCCACACAUGGGAGGGUGCUGGGAGAGGAUGGUUCGCGCCGUGAAAGCUGCAUUGGAGUCCGUCCCGAUAAUGCGGAAGCUUGAUGACGAAUCAUUCACAACGGUAUUGGCUGAAGCGGAAAGCAUGGUCAAUUCCAGACCAUUAACAUUUAUCCCUCUGGAGACCGCUGACCAAGAAUCUUUGACUCCAAAUCAUUUUUUGUUGAUGAGCUCGGACGGGGUUCGAGAACCAGAGAAGUUUCCAACAGAUGUGGGUAUGGCGUUAAGAAGCAGUUGGAAUAUGGUGAAACACACGCUAGACAACUUCUGGCGCCGGUGGGUCGUAGAAUACCUGCCAACUAUCAUCAGACGGACAAAGUGGUUCAGAGAAGUAUCAACGCUUAAGGUAGGAGAUCUGGUGCUAGUGGUUGAUGAAAACGUGAGGAAUCGGUGGCUAAGAGGUCGAGUAGUCCGAACGUUUGCAGGAAAAGAUGGAGUAACACGCCGUGCCGAAGUGCAGACAUCGACUGGAGUUUUGAAGAGAUCUGCUACGAAGCUGGCUGUGCUGGAUGUGUUAGGAUCUGGUGACGUUCAAACAAAGUUCGAGACGACACGGGGUGGAGGAUGUUCACCGCAACAGCCCUGCGUAUCAGCUAUCCCCACUGCAAUCCAACCUCGUCAAUCUAACGAUUAA